UUAGCACAUCUCACUUAACGCAUUGGCAGGAGGAUAUAUCUAGUUUGAUCGAGCCGGCCACUGGCUGCUUCUAUUGUGUCUUUGGGGAUGUGUUCAGACUGAAUGAAAGGAAAAUAUAAAAGCAGAAGAAACACCGAAAGAUGUCUGGAAAUUUCACAAACGUAUCGUGCGCAAGUAUCAACCUGAAUUUUACGCACAACUUUCUGCCGCCUGUGUUCAUCACUGUGUUCGUCGUCGGGACGCUGUCCAACAUCUGGGGACUGAGAAGUGUGUGCACCAGCUGGAACAACAUCGGGAACAUCAACAUCUUCAUGCUCAACCUGGGGGUGGCAGACCUGCUGUACCUCUUCACCCUACCGUUCCUCGUUGACUAUUACGCGCACAACAGCCACUGGAAGUUCGGCCAGAUUUUCUGCAAGGUGACCCGCUUCUGCUUCAACCUCAACCUUUACGGCAGCAUCGGAUUCCUGACCUGCAUCAGCUUUUACAGGUACCUGGGCAUCGUGCACCCCAUGAAAGUGAUGGGAAAAAUCACCAGCCGCCACUCACUGGCCAUAAGCACCAUGGUUUGGAUUUUAGUCAUUAUUCAGAUCUUCCCUGAUAUGUUCUUCGAAAAGAAUGACCCCAGGUCACCACACUCGUGUUUCGACACCACUUCGAACAAACUGAUCCAAAUCUACUCGCCUUACAGUAUCAUCUGGACCGUCACAGGGUUUGCCAUACCCCUGAUUAUCAUUUUGGUCUGUUAUGGGCACAUUGUUGUGGUUCUUGCCAAAAAAUCCAACGUCAACCCUCUGCUGAAGCAGCGUUGUCUGAAACUGGUCGUGAUUGUGGUGAUACUGUUCUCCGUCUGUUUUAUCCCCUACCACGUGUUUCGAAAUCUUAAUCUGACAACCAGGAUUUUGAAACAAAAUGGGAUCUGCUACCCCAGCUUCCGCAACAUCUACAUAGCGCACCAGGUUGGCAGAUGCCUCGCUUGCCUAAACAGCACAAUAAACCCUUUAAUUUAUAUAGUUGGGAAUGAUGAUUUCCUCAUGAAGCUUCAACACCUGAGUAAGCGGGCCCGGAUGUCAGUCGUCGGCCUGACAGGCGCAGUCCUGCACCGCAAACCCACGGAGACAGACGCGGAUUCGCCGUCAGAGAUUCAUGUUAACUUGUGUUGAGACUCACAGUCUGUUCACUCCGGGAACAAGUACAACUGUGACGAUGACCUGCCAUAUAUUAAGCCUGUUAUCUGUCAGAGGGGAUUUUCUCUUUAUCUGAUCAACCUCAUUACAGAACACAUACUAUUUGCAGCUGAAACUCAUGCUAUCAUCUCAUUUACACUGCAUUUUAGUUGCAUUUUAUUGCAACUAGGAGUCAGUAUUGUGCCAAGAUGUUGUUCAUGUUUUGUGUGUGUGUGUGUGUGUGUGUGCGUGCGUGCGUGGGUGAUAUCCUGUAAUGUGAUUGCCUCCUUAUUGUAUAUUGCAGAGUCCAAACCAUGUAUUUUGCUGGAGCUUUCCCAGGGAUGUGUUAGUAUAAGAUUUAUUGCACUACCUUUGCACUGUUACAAGUGAAGCUUUUGAUAUACUUGGCAAUGCUUUGUAUUUUUUACUGUUUACAUAACUGAGACUCAAUCAGUUGAGUUUUGAAUAGAAGCACUCAUUUGUUUUUUAUAAAUGUCAUAUUGGUCAUUCCAUUGCCCUUCCAUAUGAAGUUUCUUUAGAGAAAAUAUUCAUGGGUUUAAGAAGAGCACCUGCCACAGCUUUGUAAGUGUUGGGACCUACAGAAUGAAGAAGUGGUGGAAGGAAUAUUCAGAAUCCCAGCAGAAGUAUGAAGUACCAGGCUUUAAAUACUGUUAGCAAAUGUAACACAAAUUAAAGUACUCCUGCAGAACAA